GGAUUUGCUUAGGUCUACUAAACUUGACAACGCGUAAAAAGGAAAAACAUCCCUGCCACUCUAAAACUCUUCGACUCUACUCGGAUAUACUCGGCUUUAGGAAGUGGGCGUGCUCCCUUCCGCGGUUGGAGAGCAUGCACAGAGUAUGUCGAGCAUCGGAUGAUUUCGUGAGGGCGGUACCAGGAGGACAUCGGGUAGUAAAUUGACCGGUUUCAGUGCAAACCGACAAGAACCUCAUCGGCAGUUGCAUCUGUGCAUCUUCUUAGCUCUUAUUUAACCACCGAUAAUCCCUUGGUUUAGAUAGUGUCGCUAACCAGUUACUAUUUGUCUAUACCAUCCAACUCACCGAAUUGUUUUUGUUAUAUUUUCAUGUCCCAAAUUCCUAAAAUAUCGAGAGUUGGAAACGAAAAAUAAGCCACAUUAUGGAGACCGAGAUACAUGUGCCUGUGGGGUCGCCGAUAAUUCCAAAAUUCCCAAUUUUCGUGGAUGAGCAUAAUGUAACUGAUGGGGCAAUGAAGCUGAUAAAGCAGCUUCGGCCAGCAUGGGACAUAAACCAUGUCAAGAUCAAGCUCUUUACUGAUGGGACCACUAAUAAGCUGGUGGGUUGUUAUGUGGAUGCCAGUCCAGAAGACGUGGUUCUGGUGCGGGUGUAUGGGAACAAGACAGAGCUGAUUGUCGACCGAGACAAUGAGCUGAAGAGCUUCCAGGUGCUGCAUGCUAACGGCUGUGCGCCCCGCCUCUACUGCACCUUCCAGAAUGGCCUCUGCUAUGAGUUCAUGCAAGGGGAUGCCCUUGGGACACAGGAUGUCAGGGAUCCUACCCUACUCAGACUAAUCUCCAGGGAGAUGGCUCGUAUCCAUGCCAUACAUGCCCACAAUGGCUGUAUCCCUAAACCCAACUUGUGGAUCAAGAUGAGAAAAUAUUUCUCUUUGGUUGCCACCGAGUUCACUGAGCAAGCUUCGAAUGUCAGGAUCCAGCAGGAGGUGCCCAGCCAGGCGGUUUUGGAGGAGGAGAUGGCCUGGAUGAAGGAGCACCUGUCUCAGUUGGGCUCUCCUGUGGUGCUUUGUCAUAACGACCUGCUCUGUAAGAACAUCAUCCACAACAACAAAGAGGGUCAUGUCCGGUUCAUAGACUAUGAAUACUCCAGCUACAACUACCAGGCCUUUGACAUUGGGAACCACUUCAAUGAGUUUGCAGGUAUGAGUGAGCUGGACUAUGGUCUGUAUCCUAGCCGUGAGAUGCAGCUGGAGUGGUUGCGUGUGUAUCUGCAGGCAUAUAAACUAGCCACCAAGAAAGGGGACGAGGUCAGCGACAGAGAACUGGAGACCCUCUACGUACAGGUCAACAAGUUUGCCCUGGCAUCACACUUCUUCUGGGGCUUCUGGGCCCUGAUCCAAGCCAAAUACUCCUCCAUUGACUUUGACUUUCUGGGCUAUGCUGUGCUGCGUUUCAACCAAUACUUCAAGACCAAGCCUGCAGUGAUGGCCCUUCAGAUCCCGGAAUGAGAGGAGACCAGGAGGAGACCAGGAGGAGACAGAGGGACCCCAUCACCGGCGCUGACCGGUGGAGCAGAUGCACUUUGACCUGGGAUACGUAGGGCUCUUUGCUCCACCUAAAUUUCAAUCUUUAUUUGAAGCUUUCUCAUCAAACUGACCCAUUUUCUACUGAUGUUAGAUGGACCAGCGCCCAUCCUCAGACCAUUGCUUUACAUUCUGGUCAAAUUCUGAUUUCAGCAAACGGCUUUAAAUAAAGGUUCAAACCCAGGUCAUGUGACAGGAACCCACACACAGGGGCCUAGGGCAGACGGCUGGGUUGGGGGGUGGGGAUGCAGGAGGUUACAUUAAGGGGUGGAUGAACCACAACCUCUGACCCCAGGCUACAAGCGCAAUUACCAUUGCAUUCCUCUUCAACUCAGUCCAGCUCCGUCUAACCAUUCAAGCUCAUCAGGAUUCCUAAAAACAGCCAAGGAUGCUGUUUUCAUGUUUUUUUGCUUUAUUUAUGUAUUUAUUCCGUGAAGAAUUGAUUGAUUGACCUGAUAUUCAUUCCCCAGACUGGUAUCGGGAUCAGUAGCGUUUGUUGAUGGUUUGGAGGACGGUUUGUUGAGUUCUGUGUCUGUUCUCAGGGUUUUCCUGGUGGGUGGCGAAAGGGCCAUGGAUGUGGGAGAGAGGGCGACCACGAUGGACCCCCCGGUCCGUAGCGCUAAUCUGAAAUCCAAUUCAGGUCUACACAAAGUGGCUAGGGGUUGAACCGGCAAGGUUUGAGUUCCCCUGUAGUGAAGGGACCAUGUGGACAGACGCAGUUUUGCGUCACUGAUGCUAAACUUUAAACCAGGGCUCCAUUCUCCCUUACAGCCUCGCUUCCACCUCUUUAGCUUUUAUGGUUAUAGUGACCUGCUCUGUUAAACUUUCCAAACACCAACCCCCCCUCAGGUUCACAGAGUUUAGGAUCACUUAUGUUUUUGGUCUGAGGUUUAUCGAUGUGGAAGUGACCACGGACCGGAGUAUGGAGAAGGCUGGGUAUAUUCAUUUGGCUGGGUGAUGACCUCCAACCAAGCAGCAAAGCUCCAGGCCGGGCUGGUCUUUUAGGCACACUCCAACUACACUUCGACACAUUGGACGCGUUCAGGUUUAGAGUGUAACUCUUGUUCCUCUCAGAUCGGGGCCUUGGUCAUCACGUAAAGGGAGACUAGAGAGAGGACUUUUGAGUAUUAGGUUAUCAUCCAUGCCCAUGACUGCUGGGCGGAGACCGUACCCACCGUACCCUGACCUCCACUGGCUGUCUCCUGUUACUGAUGGGGUUAAUAAUUCACCUGAGGACAGAGGAGGUGAUAUGAAUGAUUCAGCAGACCGUGACACUGGUGCAUCAGCUUUAGCAGAGUCAGGAAGGCAGACCGGCCCCAGUCCCUUUCCCUCGCCAACAGUCCUGUCAUUAACAUGACAGACCACACCGUGAAAGUGAAUACGCGAGCUGCAGAGGCUUUCUGGGUGGUGUAAUGAGUCACCAGGCGGUUGUCGCUAGCCAUACGGGCUGAGAUGGUUGACGAGGUACAGACUUAGACUCUGUCACCAAGGAUCAUUCUAGAAAGCUACUGUACUGACACUUGGUUCUAGUCUGAUCAUCUAUAAUCCUGGUUAGUUGAGUGGUUUGUGUCAGUUCUGGGCUAGACAAAUGUCUACAUAACCGACCAGGACGGGGGUUUUGGACGAUCGGGGUGUUAAGCAGGACACGCAUAAUAUAGCAGCAGAUGGAAAAUGCAGCAUAUAGAAUUGAGAUGACUCAUACUUUGUGAAGUUUUUAGGCUUUUGUCCAUUCUGUAUAGUUAUUUUUCGUCUGUAACAUUCCAAAAUGUUUCGUGUGUGUUAAAGGGGUUUUAUGGGUGAGUGGAACAUGUGAGAACAUUUGUUGUGUUGUUUCCUAAAUGGAUGGUUUUGGCCCGCCUCUUGAACCUGGGUUUCAGGGCCGACUAAUGACUUAGAAAGGCUGAGUCACGACAUGCUUGAUGCCAUAUUAGCCAGUAGGACCUGGGUUGAACUGAAGGGGACGCAAAUGCUUAUUAAAUGAGUGCAAUGAAUAUCUUUUUAUCGUAGAUGUACAUAUGUGAAGGUGUUUCCUUUGAGUUGACUGUAACAUUUUAGUGAGAUUAAAGUUGUAUUCUCAUGUUGGAUUGCAUCUCAAUAGUCUUCAAGUGAAUUACUUUCCUUGUCUCCUUCAUCUGCUCUAAUGUGAAUCAACUGGAUGAAUAGAAAUGAAACCACCUGCUUUCAUAUGUUGUUUUCAGACGCAUGUGGAUAUAGAAGCCACUUUAGAUUGACCGAACGAGUGUAAGUGAGAUGAGGUGGAAAUCCAGGAUUGGGGAUUAAGAUUGUGCCCUAUGCACCAAAGGAUUCCUGGGCCACAUUCAGCUGCAGAACUUUCCAAAAUUCCAUUACUAGGGCAUGUGAAUUCUUAUUCUACAUGUGGGAGAGGCAUGUUUUUUCUACAUUGCAUAUUUCUAUUCGAAUGUUCCAAACAAUUGUGUGCUGCUGACUGUGUCUCAGGGGGUAGUUCCAUUCAGCUGAACCAGAAGUUACUGCAGAACUAAAGGGCUGAUUUGAAAUUGUCCCUCCAUUCUACCUUCAGCUCACUGCUGUGAAUUUUAAAGUAACUGUCCAGUGUUACCCAACAACAAAAUACAGUGGAAAUAUGCAGUGGCUGCAGAUCAAACUAUUUCCGAAUCUUAAAUCCUUCGCCUAAAAAUCUGCAAAAAGCUUUCAGAAGCUUCUGCACUUGAUUAUUCUCUAUAUAGUCUCUGUUGUAGUCGACUUGUAGAGCAGGCUACUUUGGCAAGUUUAAAGUUAAAAAAAUAAAUAAAAUGAAUCCAUGUCUGCAAUAAAUAAAUAAUUGUACAUAGUUCAAACAAAUCCAAAUAGAAUAGCAUUAUUAAUACAAAAGCAGCACUACAGUCUUCUGUGAAUGCUACUUGGUCAAAUGUUGCAGUAAAAUUAUUGCAACAUUCUGCCUAACUGUGUGAUCUCUUAUUUUCUAUUUAUUGGGAUAUGCAUUUUUAGUCAUCCAGUGUUUUAAAUUUGCCUACAAAGAAGUUUUUUAAUAAUUUGCAGAGAACACAUUUUAGAGAGUAUUGUAUAAACAAUAUUUAGCACUGUUUUGGUUUAUAAGGUGCUGUUGAACAGGGUCUGAAGUACUAUAUCUUUUGGUCCAUUGGAUUAAAGAUCUCAAAAUAGUUGGAGCUGCGGCCACUCUUUAAGAAUUAGUUUUUUUUAUUGCAAGUAGUCUUUACAUUUCAGACUUUUUCCUUUAGUUUUUAAAGGGAUAUAUCAACUUUGAUAUAUGCAUGUAGGAAGUAUGGUAAUCAUUCUGCAAUACUAAGUUUGACGUGGGGUUUUGUUUUCUAUUUUGCUAUGCGUACAUACAAUUAUAGGAGCACAAUAUAAGUUAGCUAUGACUUAACAGAAUAAAGUUUUACUGAACAGUUACUUUAAAGUUUUGGAUACAUGUGAACAGUGAUGCGCAGGGCUCCUACGCCUUUGAUUGGCUUGCGGGUGUUUCUGCCAUCUUGCUGACAGGUAUCCAGUCUUCUCAGGUCUUUGAGGGCAAGCCGACCCCCAGGGGAACUGAAUGUGUGCUGCUGCUGGAGUAGCUAUAGAUGAUUUCAUUAUGGCAAAAGCCUUCACUGGAAAAAUAUUGACAGUUCAGAGCUUUGCCAUCCCUUAUUAUAUGAAGUUGCCCAAGAGGAAUGCAAGUUUACCAAUUUCAAAAGCCAAUUAUGUUGGAGAAACUGCACUGUGGGUUCAGAUUUUCUUGUUAUUCCAGCAUUGCACUGAAAAUGUGCUGGCUAAAGAAGUGUUCUGUCCUGACAGUGGGAUUUUAAAUGUGUUUCAAGGGGUUAUUUAUUGGGUUUGAACCGGUCCUUUCAUGUUUUUGUUUCAUUAUUUUAUAUAUAUAAAUAUACCAAAAUGGUUGCAGUUCAUUUGAAAUUAACUUGUGUGCGCGUGAAUGUACUUAACUGAUUUAACUUGAAAACCCUGUACAGAUAACUUGAUUUUACAUUCUCCAUCUCCAUAUUUUGUUUUCUUUUUUACAUGCUUUUGAUUGAUUUGAAUGUCAGAUAACUGUGGGGGAAGGGUGCAGACCAGCCACUCCUGACAGUGAUGCUGACAGAGUGGAGACGGAGGUUGUAAAUACUGUAAGAAAUACUGUGAAUCUGACUGUACAGUGAUCCUCCAGACUUCAGGGAGUGCAGGGGAGUAAUUUAACAUUUGUCAGUAAACAUUUCAAUAAAAACAAAUGUCUGAA